AGCCACAGGUGGCAGACCCCUCUUCUAGGAGAUCUCCAGGUCUCCCCUGGAGAUUGGCAACCCCACUUCCUCCCAUGAUGACCCCUGGCAGAGCUGUUCUUCAUGUUGGCCAACCUCUCCCCGCCGGUUCCUUGCACUUUUGUUUACUGCAAGUAGAACAUUUCAUCCCCUCUUGACACUGCUGGAAGGAAGAGAUAGGAUUUCCACUUUUCAUCCCGGUCUGGCUAUUUUCUCCCCUCCCCCCCCCCUUCGCCCCUCAGCCGACCACCUGCUGCUGUCCAUUCGCAUUUCGGCACCAGAGUCUCCGCAAAGGACGUCCGUCUGUUUUCAGCAGAUACGCUCAGAGACGAAGGGAAGGGACGCGGCUCGGGCGACACGGGGGUCAGCAUGGACAGGCCAAGACUGGGAGUCUUUCUGCUUUGGGCCUUUGCCCUCCCAGGCACCCUAGCUGCGAACAUGGAGGAGACCCUCAUUAAACACCUUUUUGAGGAGAAAGGUUACAACAAAGAUCUACGGCCGGUGGCUUCCAAGGACGAAAGCCUCACCAUCUAUCUGGCAUUGACUCUCUCCAAUCUUGUGUCCCUGAAAGAGGCGGAUGAAACACUCACCACCAGCGUGUGGAUCGAGCAUGGAUGGACUGACUACAGGUUGCAGUGGAAUCAGACAGAAUUUGGAGGAAUCGAUGUCCUCCGCCUCCCAGCAGACAUGGUGUGGCUACCUGAAAUUGUCCUGGAGAACAACAAUGAUGGCGAAUUCCAGAUCACCUACAGUUGCAACAUUCUGGUGUAUGACACCGGCUAUGUAUACUGGCUCCCACCAGCCAUCUUCCGCAGUGCCUGCCCCAUCAACGUCAACUUCUUCCCCUUCGACUGGCAGAACUGCACCUUGAAGUUCAGCUCGUUGAUGUACAACGCUAAGGAGAUAUCUAUGGAGCUCAUGACAAAAGAGGAUGAUGAGACCAAGAAGACUUACUUGGUGGAGUGGAUCAUCAUUGACCCUGCAGGAUUCACGGAGAACGGCGAAUGGGAGAUUGUCCACCGGCCUGCCCGUAAAAACACUGACCCGAACUUCCCUCUCGAAAGCAACAAGCACCAGGACAUCACUUUCUACCUCAUCAUCAAGCGCAAACCCCUCUUCUACCUCAUCAAUAUUGUCACACCCUGCAUCCUCAUCGCCUUCAUGACCAUCCUCGUCUUCUACCUGCCGGCAGACAGUGGAGAGAAAGUCACCCUGGCCAUCUCUGUGCUGCUGGCUCAGUCCGUCUUCCUGCUGCUGAUCUCUCAGCGUCUGCCGGCCACCUCCCUCGCGAUCCCGCUCAUUGGCAAGUGA